UCAAAUAAAAAUACAGUUUCGUUUCAGUUUAAUUCAAUUCCGCUCAAAACAACAACCCCUUAAUAUAUUCGAAGGCAGAGGGUUUGCAGCAGCGCUACCUCGAGUAACAUCGAGUUCGACUGCCCUUUUCCCACCAAAACACAGCCCUCCUUAAUUUCUCAUUAGCCUCUCUCUCACAUUAACCACCAUGAAGCAUACUCCCACCGCCGGUGAACAAUCAAAAGGGCAAGAAGCUCAAAUGGACCCUGCCGAAAGCACCGGCUUCGAUCCAACGGUGGAUAUUAGCUCUCAGCUUAUGCAACGCUACUCAUCCUCCUCCGCUCCACAGCACCGCCACCUCAUGGCCACAGCCGCCGCCGUAAAAUCUAUUCUUCUCGAAGACUCCCUCCCUCUCUCUCCUCUCUGCUACUUCGCCGCCACCAUUAACGCCUUAUCUCAGCCCCAGAACGAUGCCGCUUCUGCCUCUGCUCUCGCCACUUUUCUCUCCAUUGUUCUAUCGCUUGUUCCAGAAGAUUACAUUAAUCCGGAGAAGGCAGCGGAGGCGGCUGCUAUUUUGGUUAGGGUUUUGGGGAGCGAGGAGGGAGAAAUGGUGGUAGGGUCAGCUUCCAGUGCUAGGUGUGUGGUUAAGUGUUUAGGGAUUUUGCUAGGGUUUUGUGAUUUGGAGGAUUGGGAUUCUGUUGAAUUGCCCUUCCAAACCUUGCUUAAAUGGUCCAUUGACAAGCGUCCUAAGGUUAGAAAAUGCGCCUUAGUGUAUUUAGAGAAUGCUCUUAAAUCUUUUCAAUCUGAGACUGUGAAAAGAAAGGCAAGCAUAUUGGUUAUGUCUUUGCUGGAAAGCUACAUGUCUAUUGCAGUAAAAUUGGGUAUAAUACAAAAGGUAGACGAGUCUGGAAGUGAGAGACAAUGUGAAACUGAGCAGUUGGACGUUGUCCAUGCGUUGAGCGUUGUGAGGGUUGCUUUGCCAUAUAUCUGUGACAAAAGUAUCAAAAAAACAAUUUUGAAAUUAAUCGAGCUUCUUGAUUCACGCUCUUCUACUUUUACAAGGCCUGUUCUUAAUGCUAUUGAAGCAUUAUUAGAAAAAGUCGAAGGUGGAAUUAUCGUGCAAGUGGCUGAGGACAUAAUUGAUGCACUCUCAUCAUUUAUAUCUUCAGAAACGAACCCCAAUGACAGCAUCAUUUCUGCAGCAAACUUACUGAAGAUUUCUCUGGACAAACUUCAUUCAGAAGACACUGACAAAUGGAACAAGAGUCUUUCUGUUGGAGUUAAUGCUAUUGCAGGCCUUCUUACACGUGAGGAUGAAGUUGCUUCAAAGUCUUCAAAUAUUUUGAAGAACUUGAUUGUUGACCAGUUGUCUGAUGACAUUGAGUCCCAACCAGCUAAUGGCGAGGAAUCAAAAGGAAUUACAUCUAUGUGCUCAACCUUCAUGGAAAUGCUAGAUUCUUUAGCUGGGAUUCCCAAUGAACAUACACUAGCUGUUCUAUCAGUUCUGUUCCUCAAACUUGGCCGCAGUUCAUGCUCACAUAUGAAGAAUAUUGUCCUUAAGUUGGCAGAGAUCUUUACUCAUGCCGAUGGUAACAAACACGACACGGUUCAUUUGCAAAAUAGUUUGGGCUGUGCUGUAGUUGCUAUGGGAGCUGAAAAUGUUCUAAGGCUUGUACCAAUUUCUUUUGACGAGGAAAAUUCAACAUAUGCAAACAUGUGGAUGUUACCCAUUCUAAAGAAGUAUACCUGUGGGGCAUCCCUUGGAUAUUUCACAGAGCAUAUUGUCCCCAUCGCUCAAUCACUCCAAAAGGCUUCCCGUAAAGUUAAAAAGUCAGUAACUGGACAAGAUCUGCAGGCUCUUGCCCAUGGUUUAUGGGGUCUUUUACCUGCAUUUUGUCGCCAUCCAACUGAUGUUAGCAAGAGUUUUCAAUCCUUUGCUAAAUUGAUGCUCGUUCAGCUGAAGAAAGAUGCAUCAAUGCGUGAAGAAAUUGCUAAUUCCUUGCAGGAACUUGUAAAACAAAACAAAUGCUUGCCUAAAUUUGAUGCUGCUAUUGUUGAACCCAUAAAGCACUCAUCUGGCUUUUCAGUGGACGAUUAUCUAGUGGAGAAGAGAAACUUACUCUCUUAUUCCAAGAAAGCUGCUAUAAAAAACAUCAAGGCGUUAUCCUUGUAUUCUAAUGAACUGCUUCUGGCCCUGAUGACUGUUUUUCUUAAUUCAAAACCUGCAAAGCGUUCAUCUCUAAAGAAAGCUAUCAGUUGCUUGGCCUCAAUCUCUGACUCAUCUGUCACCAAGAAGAUUUUCAUUUCUUCUCUUGAGAGGUUUCCGUCGGUGAAGGCAGUUUCUGUAUCUGAAGAUUCUGAUCCGUCAAAUGCAUUACUUAGUGAUGUGCCAUCGGAUUCAAGUACCAUUGGUGAAAAUUCACAGUGGUCUUUGAUGCUGGAUUUAGCCUCAUCCAUCGUGGAGAGAGCUGAUGAGGAUCUUGUCGGUUUGAUCUUUAAAUUGACAAAACAUGUACUGCAGGCUGGUGAUGGAAAAUGUAUUACUGAAGCUUAUUAUACUUUGAGCUGUGUUCUAGAGGAACACCCUUGGUUUUGUUCUUUGAAAAUGGAUGAGCUAGUCGACCUUAUUAUGGGCUUGAAGGCUCCUGCUGAUAUCUCUUCUUUCAGCAAUCGCCUAAGUUGUCUUCACUUAUUAUUGGUCCAUUCUCUAAAGAGCAGUUCUGAUGUGGAGAACACAAAGCCUUUUCUUAUUUUGAAUGAUAUUAUACUUGCGCUAAAAGAUUCCAGGGAAGAGGCCAGGAAAAUAGCUUAUGAUGUCUUGCUCAAACUAAGUUCCUGCUUAGUAAAUUCAUCUGACGCAGAUUCUGAUGGACCAUACUACAAACUGAUUAGUAUGAUUAUGGGGUAUCUCUCUGGCCCAUCACCUCAUAUAACAAGUGCAGCCAUCUCUGCAUUGUCUAUGUUUGUAUUCAAGGAGCCGGAGCUCUGUGUAAAAGUUCCACAUGUAGUUUCCUCUGUUGCGUCUUUGCUACAAACUAAAGCCGUGGAAACUAUCAAGGCUGUUUUGGGCUUCAUCAAAGUAUUGGUUUCAUCUCUAGAAGCAAAGGACUUGCAGAAUUUUUUACCAGCUAUCAUAGAUGGAGUUCUUCCAUGGUCAUCUAUCUCAAGACAUCAUUUCAGAUCAAAAGUUACUGUCAUACUGGAGAUCGUGAUAAGAAAGUGUGGUUUUCCUACAAUAAAGUCUGCGACUCCUGAAAGAUACCAGUCAUUCAUCAGGAAAGUUUCACAGAAUCGUCAUGGGAACACAACCUCCAAGGAAGCUGACUCAGCUGAUGCGAAGACACAACUUUCAAAUGUUCCGAUAAAUGGGUCAAAGAAAAGGUCAUACGAGGAGACAAAUAACAAUAGAAACGGUUCAGAAUUGCAGAGGAACAAGAGGAGGAAUCAAAUACAAGAUUUCCAGUCUCCUGGUGGCACUAGGAGAAAUGUUGCGGGAUUUGAUAAAAAACCCAAUAAAUUUAAGCAUAAUAAUAACUCUAAAGCAGGUCAAAAUCAAAGAGAGAAGAGAUUUGACAGACCCUCCAGCAGUAUUCAAAAGAGAAAUGGACCAACGAAGGGGAGAUUUAGCCGAAAGUCGUAACAUGUAGUUGAUCUUGUUAGUGUUUAGAGUGUCAAUUAUUCGGGGUUUGGAUAGCUAUUUUACUGUUGGUUAAGCACAACUACAUUUUAGUUUGUUUUGUAAAAUUUUGAUUUGAUAUAAAUUCUGCCAUUCUCCA